AUGGGGAGGGGGCGGGUGGAGCUGAAGCGGAUCGAGAACAAGAUCAACCGGCAGGUGACCUUCGCCAAGCGCCGCAACGGACUGCUCAAGAAGGCGUACGAGCUCUCCGUGCUCUGCGACGCCGAGGUCGCGCUCAUCAUCUUCUCCAACCGCGGCAAGCUCUACGAGUUCUGCAGCACGCAGAGUGGCAUGCCGAAAACACUUGAAAAGUAUCAAAAAUGCAGCAGCCAUGCAGGGCCUGAAACAGCUAUACAAAAUAGAGAAAAUGAGCAAUUGAAAAGCAGCCGCAAUGAGUACCUCAAACUGAAGGCACGUGUUGAAAACUUACAGCGAACUCAAAGGAAUUUGCUCGGUGAAGAUCUUGAUUCAUUAGGAAUAAAGGAGCUCGAGCACCUCGAGAAGCAACUUGAUUCAUCCUUGAAGCACAUAAGAUCUACAAGGACACAGCACAUGGUUGACCAACUGACAGAACUUCAGAGAAGGGAACAAAUGUUUUCUGAAGCAAAUAAGUGUCUCCGAAGAAAACUGGAGGAGAGUAAUCAGGUUAUCUGGCAGCAAGCGUGGGAGCAUGGCGAGCGGCAGCCCGAAGUGCAGCAGCAGCAGCUGCACAGUGACAACGGAUUCUUCCAUCCCCUCGAUGCUGCUGGUGAACCCACCCUUCAGCUAGGGUACCCUACUGAGGCCCUGACUAGCUUAUGCAUGACUACCUUCCUGCCCCCAUGGUUGCCAUGAGUCUACUGUGAUUCCGAAAUAAUAAGGAUGCUGCGGCUGGCCGCUUGCAUAUGUUGUGCUUCGAGUGACAGAUUCUAC